CAAGAGCUGUAGUGUCAGACUAGUCUAGCUGAGUCCCAAAUGCAUGCACCAAACCUCCAUCCCCCCUUUAUAAGCCCUCCCCAGCUCCCGGCUUCUCUUCCAUCCCAAGUGCUAGAAAUCAGCUGCUGCGUUGAGCAAACCAGGAACGCAUAUCACCAUGUCUCCAAUCCUUUCCACCUUCCACUAUCCUUCUCUUGCUGCUGCUUCUCUCAUCAGUGGUGGUCUCAGUUCCAUCUUCUCCUCUCCUGCUGCUGCUGUCUCCGUGGUGUCGAGAUGCACAGUCUACCCCGACCGCAGGUCCGACCUCGGCGACCUCCCGCUCUCGGUGUCCGACCUCCCCAUGCUGUCGUGCCACUACAUCCAAAAGGGCCUCUUCUUCUCCUCUCCGCCAAUACCCGUUGCCUCACUCCUCUCCCUCCUCACCUCCUCCCUCUCCCGCGCCCUCUCCAUCUUCCCCGCCCUCGCUGGCCGCCUCUGCACCCUCCCUGAUGGUCGCAUCCUCGUCUCCUGCAACGACGCCGGCGCCGAGUUCUCCCAUGCCACCGCCGCUUCCCUCUCCCUCCCUGACCUCCUCCCUCCCUCCGCAGAUGUGCCGCCGGCAGUCAAGUCCCUCUUCCCCCUCGACGGAUCCAUCAGCUUCCACGGUCACACCCGCCCGCUGGCGGCUUUCCAGCUCACCGAGCUUGCCGAUGGAGCUGUCUUCCUUGGCGCGGCCGUCAACCACGCCGUCGUCGAUGGGACCUCCUUCUGGAACUUCCUCAACGCAUGGGCGGAGCUCUGCCGCGGCGGUGACCCCGCAAAGCCCGACUUCCACCGCAACUACUUCGGCGGGUCCAAGGCGGUGCUGUGCUUCCCGGAUGGCCGUGGCCCGGAGGUGACCUUUCCAGUGAAUGCACCGCUUCGAGAACGGAUCUUCCACUUCAGCCGGGAGGCCGUUCUCGAGCUAAAAUCGAGGGCCAACCGCCGCACCAAAAACGUCGUCGCUGGAGACUCCAAGGACGCCGAGGUUUACGGCAAGCAAACCCACGACCCGAAGACGGUGGAAGUGAACGACGAGGAGGAGAUUUCGUCCUUCCAGUCACUGUGCGCCCACGUCUGGCGGUCGGUGACGCGGGCGCGAACGCGGCUGCCGGCUGAGGCCAUAACCACGUUCCGUAUUGCGGUGAAUUGCCGGCACCGGGUGGUUCCCCCAGUGGCGGCGAACUACUUCGGGAACGCGAUCCAGAGCAUCCCGACGAAGGCGGCGGUGGGGGAGGUGGCGGGGCGGGACCUCCGCUGGGUGGCGGCGCUGCUGCACCGCAGCGUGGCGGGGCACGGGGACGAGGCGAUUCGGCGCGGGGUGGCGGAGUGGGAGGCAGCGCCACGGUGCUUCCCGCUGGGGAACCCGGACGGCGCGGGGUUGACCAUGGGGAGCUCCCCCCGGUUCCCCAUGUAUGAAGGAAAUGACUUCGGGUGGGGUCGGCCGGCGGCGGUGCGGAGUGGCCGGGCCAACAAGUUCGACGGGAAGAUGUCGGCGUUCCCGGGGCAUGAGGGUGGCGGGAGCGUGGAGCUCGAGGUGUGCCUGACGCCGGAGACCAUGACGGCUCUCCUCCGCGACGAGGAGUUCAUGAGCUACGUAUCCAUGUAGAGAAGUGAUGGCGGCGACCAAGCCUUACACCAACUGCCUUGUGAACUCGUUCCAGUCGUGGGAUAUGUUGCUCUACAGUGCACUGUGUUCGUUUCCUCGUCUCCAAUGCCCAGUUGUAUGUUUCAAGUUUAAUGUAGAUGUUUCUUUCUUUGUUCC